CGUAAAGUGGACCGUAGUGUUGAUGUUUUGAGAAAAGGAAUGAGACAUUAGUUCAAGUCACAGAAAUUUUCUGUUGUGGUUACAAUGACACUUGGUCAGGGAGAGGAAAGCAUGUCCCAGUCAGGCCAACAACAACAACAGGUGCAGCAGCAAGCAUCCGGAAAUUCAUCACAGCCUGCUGAACCCAAGACCGCUGGCGUACCUCUCAGCGACUUUGUGUUACAGCUGGAGGAUUAUGCACCAACGAUUCCAGAUUCUGUAACGGCAUUUUAUCUGAACAGAUCUGGAUUUGAAGCAACAGACCCAAGAAUCGUCCGCCUUGUGUCACUGGCAGCUCAGAAGUUUGUUUCUGAUAUUGCUAAUGAUGCACUCCAGCAUUGUAAGAUGAAAGCUUCAGGGCAAAGCUCCAAGAAACAAGGAAAGGACAAGAAGCUCACUCUGACCAUGGAGGAUCUGUCCCCAGCCUUAGCCGAGUAUGGGAUUAAUGUCAAGAAGCCCUAUUACUUCACAUAGUCGUCACUCCAGCAAAAUUCACUUGUUUCUGUUCCAUUCAUCUGUGUCUCUAUCAUCAUUAUUCAUGUAGAAUCAUAUCCCAUAGCUCAAUAUGCCCAUAACUUUUUAUUAAACGGUGUAUAUUUACCACUAGUUUCUUUGUCGGUGAAAAUGUUUCAAGCUGUUAGUCAUGUUCAUGCUGGUCAUGUGUCUUGUAAUAAAUUUUGUGAAUAAAUGAAAUGGAUAAGGUGGCCUUAUGUAAUGUCUUUGUAUACUCUUUGUUUCUGUUAUGCCAAUCUUUUCCAUUGGUGGUUUAGUUAGGAGCUUUGUUUGAUCGCAGUGCUAAGGGGAAAUAACUCUGUGUUUUCAUGUAAACUAUAAGUCUGGCUUGGCUAUUCAAGGACAUUAAAUAAAUUUUUGCUGAAGCUUUUGUGUGAAACUUUGAAACAGGUACUUGAAAAAGCUUUUUUCAGUUUUCAUCCAGUAAUAAACUUGAACUAUUCUUGUGUGAACUGUAGAGAGACAACUAAAUUCAUGGAACCACGGUAUGCGUGAAGAAAGAAAAUUAAUAAAUUGAUAAAUGUACUGAC